UACUUUUUGUGUGUCACAACUGCUUAGUGACUCUAGAGGGCAGCAGAGCAGAGCAUGGAGAGUCCUGCAUCUACCAAAGAACAGACUUAUUAAAUAAUAACGUAAACAACUACACACUAUGUUCUGCCAUACCAGCACCAUACACCAUACUGUAUCUCACAGCACACACAAAAAAAUGUGUAAACAAUAGAAAACCUCCCAGCAUGGUUCAAUACAUUUCAACAGCACCUGAAACUACAUCCUUUAAUAAAGGCUAAACCCCUAAAUUAGGACCUCUCAACACAAAUCGGAGGAACGCCACAACUUUGCAAAUGCGAUGUGUGGAUUUCCUCAGGUUUGGAUUCUUAGCGAGCACGCUGCAGUAGAUUUUUACAUUCAUUUGUAUCAACCUCAGGCGUUUCCUAUCUUUAAACAAUAAAAUAAGACAAGAGUAGACUCCGAUUUCAUUGAUAACGUGGUACAGGGCUGUAGGGUACAACAAUUCUCGGACAAGACAACCAGAAGCUAUUUGUUCUUGUGUAACCAUGACAGAUAAUCCAGUGAUUUAACAGUAGCUUCCAUCAGGAGUGUUGAUGGAGAGAAUGUGGACUUCCUCCUUCUUACCACGCACUCAGUAAAACCAUGGGAGAUGACCAACAUGGUUCUUUACGAGGUGUACCCCAUUAAGUGGGGCUUCCCUUGUCUAACAAGUGCCUGGAGCGCUGUGGAAACACCGUGUAGCUGUCCAUGUGCAGCCUGGGGAACCCCACACCGUAUACUGGGUCUCCAGCAGAGAGGAAGACACACACACUCACAUCAUCCACAGAAGCAAUGCGCAACACAUGAGGGGAAACCCACAGCAGAGUUGGAUUCCUUAUAUACUUAUCACAUAUUUCGCUCAACUAUAUGUGAAAUCAGAACUAAAAAGAUGUAUACAACGUAGCAUCAAUAAAAAAACCUUGGUUCGGACUUCUGGGUUGAAAAGCCCCGAAGGUUCAAGGUCUGAACUAUUAUCAUACACAUUUAGGUUGUUAGGUUUAGAGUAUUUCAUCACCUUUUUUGUCUUUCUUUGCCCGACCAUGACCAAUGCACCCGUGGCUACAAAGGGAAAUUGGAUCCUUUUAUCGGGCUCAAUCUAUAGAAAUCUAUCCCUAACCUAGUCAAUGGGGUCAAGACCUACAAUCUUGAUCAGAUGAAGCCUGUAUCUACGUUUCCUUUCCAGAUUGAACUGUGUUUGACAUUCUGAUAAUAAAAAAAGGUCAGUAUUAGCCCCAGCAAACUGGCAAAUACAACUGCACACAAUGAGUCAAUUACCCUCAGCCACAGUGCGUUGUUUUUAUGGGUGCAGCGGUAAGUCAAGCCAUCAGCGGGGCGCUCUCAGGGAUUUUCUGCUUCCUGUUGUGGGUGGACCACCAGAGCAUCAGCUCCACGCCGAUCUGGACACGCUCACUUCAUAAACACCUUAUUUUAGGAAUGCCCCGGGCUAAAUAGAAGCAUUUGGUUGUGGGUAUACUGAGAGGAAUUCACUCAGUAGGGUCAAACGCAGGAAAUACUAUAGUCUAAGAGAGGUGUAAUGAACCUGCCUCUCUACUUGCAUCAGGUAAAGACUCUCCGUCUCAUUAGGCCAGAGAGAGUACUAUGAAAUCUGACAAUGAGCACCACAGUCUGCGUGUUGCAUGCACUGUGGUUGGAAACAUAGUCACCUCGUUAACACCGCAGGAUGCUCCAGCAGCAGAGCCCCGUGUGCCAGGCAACCUACAACCCAGGGAGGAUCUCUUCAGAGUUUCCGACACGUCAUGUUUUUCUCCUCGCCUUGGGCAAGGAAACCGGCAGUUCAUGAGAUAUAUGUUUGUGGUUACUUUAAUAGAGUCCAAUAAAAAGUGUUGUUUUGCAGCUACCACUGAACGUUAGAGCCGGGGUUCCCUGAAAACACACCGCCUGUGUCCACCUGAGAGUGGUUGCACUGAGGAAACACUCUCACUCUCCUGGAAGUAUUCCAUGAGGAUGCGUAAAAUCACAGAUUCCCUCGCAUUAAUGUUUCCACUGCGUUAGAGAACAGCAAGAGGUGUGAGAAGGUUUACCCUAACAUCUGGCCUGGAAAUAUGCUAUUAAGCUUCUGAACUAUUACAACAAGUAUUCUGAAUAUUGUAGAAGCACUAUUACACAUACAUUCUUAUGUCAAUCUCAGUAUAAAGUAGUCUUUUGACAAUGGGUUUAACCUCCAGUAUGGGUUCCAAUGUACCCCUAAAAGGAUCUUGAUAAACAGAAAUUAAAAUGAGAAAAAGCGUAUGAUAUUUACGUAUUUUCAAAUCUAUGGUCAUAUUUUGAGUACGUUGUCUCAGUUCUUGUACUCAAUGACAAUAAAGUUGAUUCUAAUCUAAUAUAAUUUCCUGUCAGUUUUAAUAUUCCUACAAAUCAUUUAGGAAACUGAGCUAAUAUUGUUGUCAGCAGAGGUGGAAGAAGUACCCAGAUCUUGUACUUAAGGAAAAGUAGAAGUACAACAGACUAGGAAUACUCUGUUAUAAGUAAAGUCCUGCAUGCAAAUGUUACUUAAGUAAAGAAAAUAAAACACUGCCGGGUAGCUUGUGUAUUCAAGGUGUAACUAAUUAAGUGUAGAUUUCAUAUAAUUAAUCCCAAUCUGCAAAGUAACUAAAGGUAUCAAAUACAUGUAGUGGAGUCGAAGAACAAAGUAGCAAAACAUUUAAAUACUCAAGUACAGUAUCUCUCAAAUUGUAGUUAGAGUAGUAGAUUCAGGCUCACUGAAGCCUCUCAACAUCCUGACCUUAGUGCACGCCCGGAUGCAGUAGCUCCUCCCCCGGCUGUGUACUUCCAGUAUAUGUAGACUUCCACGCGACUUCUCCUCACUCCCAGCUUUCCCAGCCUCUCUGCAGCACACCAGGAACAAGAUGCUGGCCCCGAGCAGCCUUACCGCCAGUCUGUCCCUGUGGAUUAUUUUGCUCUGCAGCUCCGCAGUGGUCUGCAGGAAGUCUCGAGGGGGUCCUGAUGAUGAGGAGCUCUGGUCGGAGAGCGUUUCCAGGGCGACGUGCUCCUCGCGCUGUCUCAGUCUGCACACACCGCUGCAGAAUAAUGGUUCCUUGGGCUGGUGUCAUAAUCAUAAACAGUGCGCUAAGUGUCUGGAGCCCUGCAAAGAUUCCUGGGAGAUGAAGAGGCAAAGCGACUGCAGAGAAAUGUGUGAGCGAGUAUUUCCCAAGAAGCACUGGGAGUGUGUGACCAGCUGUGAGUUCCUUCAGUCUGUGUUGGCCGUGAAGCAGGGCACGUGCCCCCCUCCAGAGAGAGCCAGCGGCUUCGCAGCGGCCUGCGUGGAGAGUUGUGAUAACGACAGAGAAUGCUCAACUCAGAAGAAAUGCUGCUCCAACGGCUGCGGGCAUACCUGCCAGUCCCCAAAAGACCUCUAUAAGGGCGUUCCUCUGAAGCCGAGGAAGGAGCUGGGCUUUGAGGAGCUCCCGUCCGGUCAGCUGGAGGUCCGUUGGUCCUCCCGCUUCAACAUCUCUGCUGAGCCGGUGGUCUACAUCCUGCAGAGGAGGUGGAACUUUGGCAUCCAGCCCAGCGAGGACACUGCCACUGCCUGGCAGGUGGUUGCACAGACCACAGAGCAGGGCGCGAGGCUCUCUGACACCCGGCCGGGUCGCUGGUAUCAGUUCAGAGUGGCAGCCGUGAACAGCCACGGGACCAGAGGUUUCACCACGCCCAGCAGACACAUCCACUCCAGCAGAGACCCCUCCAGCCCCCCGGCUCCCUCUGAACUCAGAGUCUCCAGUAUGAUCUUCGGCAGUGGCAGGGCCGUUUCGACCCAGCUCCAGUGGAGCAUGCCUGCUGACCUGGAUGUUCCCGUCCACAGCUACAAGGUCAGCUGGAGCUGGACCGCUGCGGGACAGCCCCCCUCCUUAUUCCUGACCAAGAGGAGGAAGACAGUCAAAGAGGCCCAGGUGGAGCUGGACAGCCUGCGGGCUAACAGGAGCUACAGUGUGGAGGUCCAGGCUGUUUCCUACUGGGGACAAAAUCAGCUCAAAGGCCCCCGAGCCGUCCUCCACUUCAGCACGCAGCGCUGUACUACCAGACUCCCUGGAGGUGGCAGUCUGGAUGUGGGGAUGCCAUUCUACCAGGAAGGACUGCUCCGGGUUCAUGUGUACUGGCAGAGCAGCACGGAUCCCUCUAUUGAAUCCUACAGAGUCCAGUGGGAACCAGAGUACUGUGGACAGAACCAGACAGGACCUGGAGAGAAGACCAGCACACAGGAGAGCUUUGUCAGCCUGCAGGGUCUUCUCUUCUCCUGUAAAUAUAAAGUCGUCCUGCAGCCAGUCAGCCAGAAGAGCCAGAUUCUGUCAGAGAGCACCAGCUUCUUCACCCCCUCCUGUGCCUCCAUCCAGGCCAAGAGCCCCAAACCCAUCAGCUGUCCCGGAGAUACAGCAGCGUCCCCUCACAGAGUGCUCCUGAAGGCAGCCAACCUCACCGCCUCCUUUGAGAUGCGGGCGGGAAACGUGACGGCCGUCUUCAGCUGGGAGGUGUCGGCAGCUGAGCCCCACCAGCAGCUCACUGGGUACCAGGUCACAUGGGCGGAGGUCAUCCCCCCCACCGGACACAACUACAACCAGCUGCCUCACAGCCUCAUUUCUCAGUCUCAGAUCCUGCCUCCGGACGGUAAUGUUCUGGUGGUGUCGGGUCUGCAUCCGGCCAGUUUGUACCGGCUGGAGGUCCAGACCAUCACAGCAGAGGGUGAUGGGCUCGCAACCAGCAGAACCUUCCAGACCCCCGGACUGCAAAGCACACGGAGGCACAGACCCAGGCUGAGGAAGCAUAACCAGCAACCGCCAAUCAUUGAGAGGCACUGA